UACUAAUUAGUAAUUAUCUUUAUCAAACGGCAAUACGGCAAUCGACAACGGAGGAGAAGCGAGUGUAGGUGUCGUCAAUUGUCAUUACUGCAUCGCCAUCAGAUCGCACUGCGUACCAACAGUUUUUGAAAAACUUUAAUUUGAAGGCUCAUGGAGAAGCAGGUGAUGCGCUGUGGUCGGUGGCAGACACAGACAGACGAUCAUGCGCAAAAGUCCUGAACCCAACCGAUGAACGGCUUCUGGUUUGACCGGACAAGAAGUCGCGGAGCACGCAAAGCUUCUUUCAGUUUGUGCACGCCAAGAGUGUGUGUGUGUGUGUGUGUGUGUGUGUGUGUGUGUGUGUGUGUGCCCGUGCGUUCGUUCGUGCUACAACCACGUACGGUUGCUCCCUGACAUUCUGUUCUACUCCGUACAUAGUAUAUAAAAUAAACAGUGCUCCAAAUCGGUGCAUGUUCUUCAUUCCUCACGAACGAAGAACACUAGCGGCGAAAUGGCGGAGAAAGACUUCGCCGACGGCGUUGGCGCCGUGGACGAGCAGGACUUGGAGCGGUCUUGCCGUGACCAGGAUGAUCCAGCCGCCGCUGCAGAUGGUGUCAGCAGAGGCCUAGCCAUCGGUCAUUUCGUACGGGAGUUGAUGGUGGAGUGCGUGGCGUCGUUCCUGCUGGUGUUCUGGUCCGCGGUGGCGGCGCUGAUGCAGGAGAUGCACGGCACGCUGACGUUCCCCAUGGUGUGCCUCGUCGUCGCUCUCACCGUCGGCUUCGUGCUCUGCUGGCUCGGCCCCGCGCACUUCAACCCCGCCGUCACCCUCACCUUCACCGUCUUCGGCUACCUCCCGUGGCCCAAGCUGCCGUUGUACGUGGUGGCGCAGCUGGCCGGCUCGCUGCUCGCGUGCGUGGCGGCGAACGGCGUCAUGAAGCCGCGGGAGGAGCACUUCUACGGGACGGCCCCGAUGAUGGCCGGCGGCCACACCAGGCUGCCGUUCCUCCUCGAGCUCGUCGCCUCCGCGGUGCUCAUGAUCGUCAUCGCCAUCGCUGCCAGAGGCUCCAAUCAGACAGCAGGAGGGCUGGCCAUCGGAGCCGCCGUCGGCACCCUGGGUCUCGUCAUCGGGCCAGUGUCCGGAGGGUCGAUGAACCCGAUCAGGACGCUGGGUCCGGCCAUCGUGCUCGGCAGGUACACCUCCGUCUGGAUCUACCUCGUCGCGCCCGUCGCCGGCAUGCUCAUCGGCGCGCUCUGCAACCGCGUCGUCAGGGGCUCCGACGCCAUCCUCGCCUUCCUCUGCGGCACCAAGCCGACGAGAGCGGUGGCGCCCAGAGCCACGCCGCGCGCCGUUGGAUCACUUGCGUCGUCGCCGCACUACUAGCCGGCCGGCCGCCGCCAUCGUGGUGGUGGGCUACUGACAGGUGGCCCCUCUCGCUUGCUGUAACAGUGAAUGAGUCAAACCAAUCAACAAAACGGCGCGACACAAGUACACAACUGAUGUAUACUCUCCGUUGUGCUAUAUACCCA